UUUUUCGCGGCAACGCGCGGGAUCGUGAGAUUGCGACCGAGUGACGCACUACAAACAGCCGAAAAGCUGUGUUCGCAGUAGUACGGAGUAAUCUACAGCAAUCCGUAAUACUUGAGAAAGAGUAUUUUGGACGCGGUGUAAUAACGCCCUAGUUCUCAUAUUUAUAGUAUAUAACAAAUCAUAAUGAGCAAAGUUAAGGAAGCACCACCAACGGACAAUGAAGGAGAGGAGGAAUUCAGUGUGGAGAAAGUUUUAGAUAGAAGAGUCGUGAAAGGAAAGGUAGAAUAUUUCCUAAAAUGGAAAGGAUAUUCAAAUGAUGAAAACACUUGGGAACCUGAAGAAAAUUUAGAUUGUCCAGAUUUAAUUGCUCAAUUUGAAGAGCAACGGAAAAAGAAGGAAGCAGCGGCAUCAGGUAAACGUCAUGAGGAGAAAGAACAGAAGAAACGAAAAAGCACCAGCACACCGACGCCUACUCAGGCUAAGAAAAAGCCAGUAGUGGAAGAAAAGAAGCUGGAAGGUAAAGGAGGAUUUGACAGAAAUUUGGAACCGGAACGUAUCAUAGGUGCGACAGAUUCCAGUGGCGAGCUGAUGUUUUUGAUGAAAUGGAAAGGGACAGAUGAUGCAGAUUUAGUGCCUGCACGUAUUGCUAACGAGAAGUGUCCACAGAUCGUGAUUAAAUUUUACGAAGAACGACUUACUUGGCACAGCCCCACCCAUGACGAAGAAAACUCUACCAAACCUGAUCCAGAGUAGCGUCCAGCUUACAGAUACACAUAUACCGCUCGCUUUCGGAUAUAUCGCAUUUAAUGACGUUUUUUAACUGCGCGAAAUAAAAUAACUGAACAACUUGCAAAUUUAUCUAUUGUCAUUACACAUUGCAAAUAAAAUAGAUUUAACAUUUUUUUACAAACUUUAAAGAGUUACAAGCGAGCUAGCACAGUCCUGUUGUACAUGUAUUAAUCAAUCAAAAUGGCUAACUUUUAUCUAUAUGAAAGACCUACUUUUCCUUCUGAUUUCUUUUAAUUUCUUUCUCUUUCUCAUUAUAUUUGAAUAUAUUCUCCUUAAAAAUAUUAAAGUAAAAAGUGUAUUACACUCUGAGUACUAUAUUAUAUAGUUACCUACACUGUACUGUUUUAUGUUCAUUGCAUAUUAAUCUUUUCAUAUCUUGAGUAAUUGAGAAUUCUGUUAAAAAUUUGGAAGGUAAAUAGGUAAUUUGUAUAGAUAGUAUUUAACAUUUAUGUUAAUAUUUGAUAUGCGCAAGAAAAAAACAAUUUGAACUCAUAUUUGAAAAACUUUAAAACAUUUUUAAUGAAUAUGUAUUCAAGGCACACAAUAAGUCUGUUACACAUAAAUAAUAUUUGGAAU